UGGGAACAAUAAAAGUUAAAAUAAAAGAACUAAAAGUUAAUCAACUUUUUUGUUUGUGGCAAAAUGUAUCAAAGUGAUCCUGUAUCUUCAACUGAAAAAGCCCAUAAGAAUUAUGCAAGUGGUGCCAUCUGGUGUUGCAGUUGUCCCUCAGAACCUAUUGCUUAUAUUGUGAAAUGAAAUAGGCUAAAUAAACACUGAAACAUCUUCCUCGGAAAGCAGACUGUUUAUCGACUUGCAAGUCACAACACCGUUGAAGUUAACGUAUCGUCCCGCAGAUGCGUUAACGUGCCAGAUUACAUGCUCAGUUUGUCAGGUUCCAGAAGGACCAGUGAGAUGGCAGAACUUCUGUUCAGUGAAGUACCACUAAAGAAGAGGAAGACUGAGACUGAGUCUGCAGACCAGAGCAGGCCUUGCAGACAGGUGCCGUUCAGCCUGUUGAGCUCAACUGAACUACUGCUGCAGAUCCCCCAAAACAGCAACACCAGCCUGCCCGUGUGGGAGAGUGUAAAUGCCGCUCAUGCACAGGUGCAGUGGAGUGUGACUCCAUAUGGCAUCACCAUCCAGAUUACCCCUCUCACCACCCAGAAAGCCCAGAGCAAUGACCAGCCUGAAACACAGCCUUCAUCCCUGUCUGAAACCCAACUUUCAACACUCCCCACAAGCCUGCCUGUUCCCAGCAUUCAGCCCAUGCCCCAGAUGAUCCAUGGUGUGCCCCUCAACCUGAGCACUCAGAUAGCAUGGAAUACUCCCAAUCCUUAUGGAUUGAACUUGCUGCCUGUACUUCCGUAUCAGACUCAAGCAACACAGUCUCCUCCUAAGCCCCUCCCACAGUCUCAGACCCUUCCCCAGCUGACUCCCUCCUGUCAGAGCUUGUCCGGCCCCGGUGCUGCGACUCAUGAGGUCAUUGAUCUUCCCUCCGUGUUUUAUCAGCUAGAUGCCAAAACCUGUUACACCCAGUCCUCUGGUAGCAUCUACAUCUGCGACCGGUUCCUCACUGGCCAUUGUCGAUACAAGUCAAAUUGCAAGCAGCACCACACGCCUCUCCCUUUCCACUGGCAGCUGAGGCGCCGGGACACUCAGCAGUGGGUCGACGUCUCUCUGUCUGCUCUGGUCAAACUGGAGAAGCUAUACUGUGACAUUGGCAGAGAGACCAUCAAGAUGCAGGAUGAGACAGAUAUGUUUUCCCUCCACUUUGACACCAUGACAGUGAAAAAUUCUGUGAAAUAUGAUGAAGCCAGAAGACUAACCAAUAGGAGCAACCCAGCCAGGAUCCCUCUCCUGUCCACAGUGUGGAAGAUCUACUGGUGGAAUGAUUAUGAAUGGGAACCAUACAAAGAAGAAGUGUCCGCGUUGCUACUGGAAAAGAUGAGGGAAGGGAAAACAAGCUGUCGGUUCUUCAUUGGGGAGCUGGAGUACAAAGUGGACUUCAGCAGUCUGACCCAGAGGAACCUUACGACCAGGUUCAAACGCAGAGUACGACUGAGGCCAACCUUCCACUCGCUCUUCUCCCUCAAAUCACACCUGAAGACAGUUUCGCUCGGAGAACCCCCCCGGCCUUUUGGGCAGGUUCUUCCCAGUCUCAGUGUGGAUCCUCUGCAGGAGUUCAGCAGCUGGUACCCUCCUGUGUGGACCCUGAGCCCAGAUCAGGGCUUUAGCCUGGUGAAGGUGCCACCCAAUGCCAAAGCCUACCAAAGCGUCCACUGCCUGUUCCACAGCACCAUGUUGGAGACCAAGACAGAGAUCAUCAGCAUACAGCAGGUCCAGAACGUUUUCCAGUGGGACAAGUAUAGGAGGCAGAAGGAGCACAUGCAGAGUCGCAGCACAGUCGAGAGAAGGUCUCUGGAGCGGCACCUGUUCCAUGGGACCACUGAGGAUUGCGCCAAGGAGAUCAGUUUGACCAACUUUGACCCGCGAGUUUCAGGGAAGAACGGGGUGGCAUACGGCCAGGGUACCUACUUUGCCCGACAUGCCAGUUACGCCGAUGCGUAUGCACAGGCAUCAGGCGAGGAGAACUGCCAGCACAUGUUCCUUGCCAAGGUGCUGGUGGGCAGGAUGAGUGUGGGGAAUACAGCGUUCUGUCGCCCACCCUGUCUCGACCCCCAAACACCUGGAUUUGAGCGGUAUGAUACCUGCGUGAAUCGGCUUUACAAUCCAUCUACCUUUGUGGUGUUCGAUAGCUGCCAGUGCUAUCCCUACUACCUCAUCAAAUACAAAGCAUUGUCUGACAUCGUCAACAUCUGUUGAGUGAGACCCCGAAACAUUUUACCGCCUGUUUUUUCACUUGCUUUUCAUUGUGUUGAAACAUUAUACACCGGUUAGUUCAGCUGUGUGACCGGUGGGCUUUGAGCAUUUCACUUCAACAGGGAGAUGUAGGUGAAGUUUAGUGGGGUAUACUGCCACCAGCAGGCCACAUGUUGUACUCAAUACAUCAGUUCUGUGUUCUUGUGGUAGCCAAUAGAGAAAGCAAAAAUAGCGCUCUCCAGUGUCUUGGAGAACCAUAUGGUGGUAUACACUAUUUGUUUGAUCUGAACUGGAUAAAGGGAUGGUUGACUUUCUAGAGUAUUUAAGAAUCAUUUCAGCUUUGGUACAUAUUUGCAAUUGGAUAUUUUUGACAUUUGCAGAAGGUUCUGAUGACUUACCAGCUUUAAAAUGGCUAAAGAAAGAAAACACACUUCGGGUAACUCCAAAGCAGCUAUUGUGCUGCAGCUUUGACAUGAUGCCCCCAGACAUUAUGUGUUGUACAUG